CCCGACUGGAUCUUCUCUUCUCGCCGCCCAGUCUCUCGAUCGAAUUUGAGCGUUUCUUCUUUUGAGGUACACGGCGAUCCGACCAAUCCCUCAAAAACCACGACAAUGGAAGGCGAUCAAGACACAUCAGAUUUCACGUUGGUCACAAGAAAGCCAUGCUUCGGUCUCCCAACAGCUUGCCCUAACUGCCUUCCCGCUUACAUAUACCUCAAACUAUCUCACCUUCCUUUUCAACUUGCCUUCAAUUCCACCUUCCCUGAUUCAGAAGAACUGCCAUACUUUGAAAGUGGGACAUAUGUUGCUUACAACAAUGAAGAUGGAGGGGUGAUUGAGAAACUGAAGAAAGAUGGGAUUGUUAAUCUUGACUCUCAGCUCCACUCUCUUCCGGAGUAUAUCUCCUUGAAGGCUCUUAUUGUAUCAUGGCUGCAAGAAGCGCUUACGUACGAGAUAUGGGUUGGUACCGAGGGAAUAUCUGCUUCUAAGAUCUACUACUCAGAUCUUCCUUGGGUGAUCAGCAAGGUCCUGUUUUAUAAGCAGACGUAUUUGGCCAAGAACCGUUUAGGACUCACCAAGGAAAACGCUGAGAGAAGAGAGAAACUGAUAUACAAGAGGGCAAGUGAGGCGUAUGAAGCUUUGUCGACUAGGUUAGGCGAGCAGAAGUUUCUCUUUGAGGAUAGGCCGUCGAGUUUGGAUGCUUUCUUUCUCUCACACAUACUUUUUACCAUCCAAGUAUUACCGGAAACAUCAGUGCUUCGGAGCAAACUUCUGGAACAUAGUAAUCUUGUGAAAUAUGCUGAGAAACUCAAGUCAGAGUUCAUUGAAGCGUCUUCAUCAUCUCCUUCUCCUCCGCUUCACUCAUUCCCUUCCUCAUUUUCAGGAAAGAGUUCGAAGCCAAAGAGCAAACCAAAGGCAGAGAAGACUGAAGAGGAGAAAAAGUUCAAGAAGAGAGCAAGAUUCUUUCUUGCUGCUCAGUUUCUCGCGGUUGUUAUUUACGUAUCCGUGAUGGGAGGCGUUAGUUCCGAUGAAAUGGAAUAUGAAGAUGAUGAUUAGUAACUAUCAGGCAAAGUCUUUACCCUCUUCUUUGUAGACUCGUUGACAAAAACAAACCAGUCAUUUCUCUCUUUUUGGCUCUGAAAGAGAUUCUAUUGGCUUUUGUGUUAAAUUAAUUGGUUUUAAGACAAUGUAUGAGCAGAUUGCCACCUCAAUAAUGAAAUUGGAAGACUCUUUGUUGUUCAUCCUCAAUAUCAACUGAACUAACUCUAUUUGUCUUACUAAUAAAAUGCAAAUCUCAUCCAUCUAAAAACUAUAUUUUGAUAGCAAAAGAUGAUAGCCAGAGACCUAACC